AUGGCGGCGCGGUCUUUGGUAAGCUGUUCGUCUUCCUUCCUGGCUGGCCAGGCUUCCUCGAGCAGGCCUCUGCUGCCUCUUCCGGCUUCUUCUUGCUUCUCCCUGCCGCUUCGGGGACGGAGGUCGUUCCUACCGCUGUGCGGUGCCGCGAAGCCCGCGGCCGCCGCUGCUGCCUCCGAAAAGCGUGAGACCAGGGGAAGAGGCAUCACCAAACCCCGGCCAAUAUCCCCCGAGCUGCAGGAGCUUCUCGGCGUCCCUGAGAUACCGCGCACCCAGGCGCUGAAGCUGAUUUGGGCCUACAUAAAGGAGAAAAACCUACAGGUAUGGGGUCUUUCAUCCUCUCUUCCUUAGUCUAGCCCUAUUUCAUGCUCGCUCUUCCUGGUUUCUGAAUACGGAAUAUACAGAAUGUUGUGCUUAUAGUUUCCCUUUGUUUUUCUGGUUUUUUUCUACGUUUUUCCGUAUCCAUCACUGAUUGGAGUUAUCUGGUUACAUUUUAAAAAAUAUCAAUCGUGCUUUUGUCUCCUUGAAUGUAUUUAUUUUUUGUGUUAAUCUCGAGGUAUUUGUUAACGACUACUUCUUGAGUGCUUCCAGUUUCCCAUUGUUUUUCUGCUUUUUUUUUCACGCGUAUCGUGUUUCCAUCAAUCAUUGGAGUUUUCUGGAUUGGAUUUACAAAAAUGUCGGUGGUAUUUGUGUCUCCUGGAAUGUAUCUUUGUCGUGUUUAUCUCGAGAUAUUUGUUACCGUCCAUCUCUUGAAUGCUUAGUGGCCAGAGUAAUAGAGAACCAGUGUGGUUGUUGAUAAAAUGAACCAGUGUGGGGAAGCACCAGUGGUUAUAAGAAUAAGAAUGUAGUUGAACCACGAACCUCUGUAACUUCUUUUUUUCCGAAUUUUCCGCUGACACCUUCCAUCGAAAACUUUGUUGCUGGUAGGAAAUUUCCUUUAAAAAUUGACGAUAUCUGUAGAAAAUGGGUUACACUGACGUUCUCUUAAAGACAUGAUGUAGCUUCUGCGCACAUCUUCUACUUCAGCAAAGUACAUGCCAUAACAACUGUUUUAUAUUGAGCUGAUUAUCGAUUAAUUUGGAAUCAUUAAUAUGCUGUAAUGAAGGUUUCAUAUUAAUAAUCUUAGUCCCGAAAAUGACUUCCAGAGUAAAUUAAACUUCCCAAAAGUUAGUGGAUUAAAAGACACAUUAAUCUUCCACUUUAUUCUAGAACAUAUUAAUGAGGUUUCAUUGGUUUCCAUAAGUUAGUCAGUUUGAUCAUUGAAAUGGAUCUUUCCUUCCAAUGGCCAUUUCUGCGGCAGAGGAAUUGCCGCACAUUGGGCGCUGUAUCUAGUAUCGGCAAUGGAAAAUAGAGAGAGAUGAGGAAAGAAGCAUCCCCUAAUUAACAAAAGCAGAUGAGGUGCAUCAACAGAGUAGUAACUAGUCUCUUGGGACUUAGUUUUAUUACGUGCAGCUGUCAGUGUAUUUUCUGAUCUCCUUAGGUUUGAAGGACGCAGUACAUGAUCGGAGGCACAUUAAAUUGGUGAUUCUCGUAUAUAAGUUAGUUUCUCUUCACGAAACAGAGUGGUUGCACGAACAGAGAUAUCGAAGAAAUAAGAUCAGCAUCUACUUAGGAGAGCACUAACCAGGCAGGAGAUUAGUAGAUCUUAUUAAGAUUGCGCGCAUUAAUUGAGCUCCGAUUAUUCUCUCAUAAGUUGGGUUCCUGAUUUCUUCUCGUUCAGGGAUGAUAAAAUGUUACUCUUUCUCAUUAAUUGGUUUAAUAAUGUUACUAAUUGAGCUCCGAUUAUUCUCUCAUAACUUGGGUUCCUGAUUUCUUCACGUCGAAGGAUGAUGAAAUGUGCGCAUGUAUGUUAAUCUUUCUCAUUAAUUCGUUUAAUAAUAUUACUAAUUGAGCUCCGAUUAUUCUCUCAUAACUUGUGUUCCUGAUUUCUUCUCGUUCAAGGAUGAUGAAAUUUGCGCAUGUAUGUUACUCUUUCUCAUUAAUUGGUUUGAUACUGUUACUAAAGGCUCUCUCGUCCCCGGCUGCAGGACCCAGAAAACAAAAAGAUUAUAGUUUGUGACGGGAGGUUGAAGAAGAUCUUCGGCGGCAGAGAUCGCGUAGGUUUCCUCGAGAUAUCGGGCCUGCUCAACCCCCAUUUCAUCAAGUGA